AUGAUUGCUGUUGGCGACAGAAUUGGCGGUGACUCCAGCAGCGACUCCUGCUUCAUGGAAUAUUUGCGUAGCAGCUACAGCUCUGUGAGUAGCAGCGCGCAGCAGAGCCAAGGCCAACCGACACCGCGAAUGAUGAACGCUCACGGCCGCAGCAGCGGAGGCGACUAUGUGUCGCCUUCGUCCGGAAACGGUACCCUGCAGAGUCGCCAUCACCUCCAUGGUGAGGAUCUGCAGCAGCAGCCCGGAGAGUAUCAGCUCUUCCCGCAGGAGCAGUUCACGUGGUCACCAAUGGCACUACCACCUCAUGACGGUGUAUCUCCACGCCGACAACCAUCACCACCACGACCACCAGCACCGUUAUCACUGGACACGAUUUUCAACGAGAGUCGUUCGUUGCCAGCGCUAACAUCACCACUUGGCCAACAGCAGCAGCGACGCCACUGCUGUUUGGAGUUCCCACCUGCGAGGAGUAGCGAGCCGGUCUGUGACUGGCGGCAGCUGCUGGAAAGACAACAGCAGCUAGAGCAGGAGAGGCAACAUCAGAAGCUGCAGGAGAGUCAACUCAUGAAGUCGGGCCAGCGAAUCGCGGUAGCGAUUACUGCUGACCUGACCCGUGCCGCUGUGUUGACCCGUGCCGCUGUGUCGACCCGUGCCACUGUGUCGACCCGUGCCACUGUGUCGACCCGUGCCAGUGGACAGAACCGUGCCUCUGACUCGACCCGUGACGGUGGCUCGACUCGUGCUGCUGACCGUGCGGCGAAGAGAGCCAUCCGCUGCGCCUUCUGCUAUAAUAACGGGGCCUCGGUCAGGAUCUGGUCGUCACACGUGCUCAAGGACGCCGACGGGCGCGUUCAGUGUCCGGUGAUGCGCGGCUACUCGUGCCCGCUGUGCGGCGCGAGUGGAGACUUGGCCCACACCAUCUCGCACUGCCCCACGGCGCGAAAGCCCCAGCGCAAGCAAAUCCAGACCCAGAGUCUGUCAUCGGGGAAGACUAACUCCAAGUAUCGUCAUAGUUGAACCCGCUCGCUCGCCUUGAUAGUAAUUAUGAUGACACCGAUGGUGAUGAUGUGAUGGUAAUGAUGAUGGCGACGCCGAAGAUAGGCGGUCGUGUUUGCGGUGUUUAAUGCGAGCUUGUAGCAGAAGUUAAUGAUUUAUUUGGUCUGAAGAUGGUCCACUCCCAGAUAUGUCAACUCACUAGGCACCCGAUAAUAUGCCGCACAACCCAAUCAGAAUGUACUCGACUGUUUAUAGUACGUUUCGCCUUUUCGUGUAGAAUCGGUGACUUGACCAUCACGUAGCCCUGCGUCUUUGUGCUCACUGAUAUUGUGAUAAUGAAAAUACGAUGCGAGUUCGAAAUCGUGUUUUGAGUACAGUUAGCUACACGAUUAUAGAAAAAGUCCAAUUGCGUAAAACGGAGUUGUUUGGGCGCAUCUUAAUGUGCUUUACAUGGCAGGCACUCGUCACUCGAUGCGUGUUUUAAAAUCCAGAGGGGGUUGCAAAGUGCACGGCGGCACGCGCGCUCUGGCGUCAAUGCGAUGUCUUGACACUGUUUCGAUGGGCGCGGUGAUGCUUGGCAGUACUGUGGUGGUGGAUGCUGCGUUGAUUAGUUGCGUUACAUGGCCUACGUCUCGUAUAGCAGGGAUAUCUUUGUUAACAAGUCGGGACGAUUCUUAUUGUCUAGAUAUUUGCGUCGGAGUAGAUCUGCUCCAUGUCCACCUUGCAGAAGCUCCCGGCUGAUGCCUGCUUCCUGGAAACAAGCUGGUUCUUCGCUGUUCGAAAACACGAUCGUUUGUCUUUAAACAUUUAGAUGUUCCUUGCAUGGCGGUUUGUUGGAAUUAAUAUUGUUCAGAAGCGUUUGGUUUGUUAUAUCCGUGAAAACUUAAUAUAAAUCUUCAUUGCCUUAAACUGCGUGCGCUUUUAGUGUCGCUCUUUUAGUGACAAUUGUUAUCUCUAGAUUUGAAGCUUUCGUGAC